UCAUUAUGUAUGAGUUGAGGACAAUCUAUCGAUACAUGGAGGAGCAAUUCUCAUCAAUUCUCCGGGAACAAGCUCGACAAAAGGGUGCCAUAGUAGUACCCCAAUAUGAGUUUGCUACUCUGUGUCUCUUGUAUACUCCCGAUGAGUAUGUUCCUCUGAGUCCCAUGUAUAGUCCUCAUUCCUCCCAAGUAUCUUCCUCCUUCCUCCGAACACUCAGCGGAGCCAUCUGACAAAACGGGAUGGAUGGUGUCCGAUUGUCCUCCUCCUGAUGAUCGACCACUACCACAAGGUGGUGUUGAAGUUCAAGCCAAGAUGGAUCGGAUGAAAGCUCUAGAAGAAGCACGUCAACCUCCUCCUCCUCCUCCUUCUCGAGAGUCUACCAUAAUUCUGGAUGAGUUGAGGAGAAUCCAUCGAUACAUGGAGGGGAAAUUCACAUCCAUUCUCCGGGAACAAGCUCGCCAAAGGGACUCCAACUGGGAUGAUGGUGGUGUUGUGGACAAAGAGACACACAAGAGGAAAAACUAUCAUGAAGGUGAUGUCAUGGAAGAGACAUGCAAAAAGAAGGCCAAAUUUGUGGAAGGCUCAGAGGAGUUUGGCCAAUUCCCUGCUGAUGGGAAGAUGAUCAAUGAAGUGGGACACAUAGGUGCCAGUUUGCAGGAGGUUGGUGCUCGCCUUGUAUCCAUUGGUCGGACACAAGAGCUUGAAAAGGAACAACUUGCUGCUCGUGUAAAGGAAUUGGAAACUAAAGUGUCCGAGGCUUUUGGUCAAGGGUUCUAUCGAGCCGUGACCCAGGUUAAGGCUGUUUUUCCUGAAAUUGAUGUGGAUAAGCUGCAUGUGACCAAGGUGGUUUUAGAUGGGAAGCUUGUGGAUGAAGAUGCUACUGGUGAGAAGAAUGAUUGAAGUUCUUCAUUUGUAAUGGUUUGCUUUGUUUAUUCCGUAUGUUUGUAACGGUCGUCGUGCUUCCUCUGUUCGCCCAAGAACGAGGUCGCCAAUUUUGAAAAUUUGGGGAACGACUUUUUUUUAGGAAAGAAAAAACUACCAAAAGUACUUAUGAAGUUUACGAACACUGACAAAAGUACUCAUAAACUAAGGAAAUUAACGUUGUACCCAUGAAAGAUGGGUUCCGUAUGACAAAAGUAUCCAAAUUCUAAUUUUUUAAUAAA